AUGACAAUGGACCGUUUCUCAAAUACCCUCUUCCUUUCGAACGACAUUUGGGUUACAUUAACCGUUAAAGUUGCGUCAAACUCCAUUCAGAACCUCUGCAGUCUUAGAAUAACCUGCAAGGCUGCACGGGAUGCAGGAGACGCGGAUAUUGUUCACCGCAGUGUUUCUAUACCGCCACGACAUGCAACGCCAUGGUGGUGGAGCCGCGACACCGAGGCAAUGAGAUUCUUUGACCGCUGCAUGGCCGCUAGGCAUCCAGAGCUUCUGUUUCGUGAGGCGCUUCGGGAACUCUUCAUCAGACGUAACCAAGACGUUGGCUUCCAAAUGCUGAAUAGUGCAACAAGCAGAGGCCAUAAAGCAGCCAAAUAUGCACUCUCGAUGACGUUGCUGCUUGAUGACAAGUCAUCUUAG